CCGGCGACCUUCUUGAUUUUUUGAAUCCAAUGGAAACCCCAUCUUCAACACGAAGAGUCACAAGGUCGCAGACCCAGAACAACAACACCAUUCCAAUCUCAAGGAAGAACAAUGAAGAUUCUGAAAUGGGUGUAUCAAAAUCAAGAACAAGAAAUGGAAAAAAUCAACAACAGCAAGACCGGUCUGCUCUGAUCGACAUAACCAACGACUCUCCGAUUGUGGGAGUUGCGAUGCAGACUCCAUCAUCGGCGAUCAUCAAACUGAGGAGUCUCCGAGCCAAGACCACACCGGGGUCCGGCGAGGCUCUGUUGAGAGGUCAAGUCAAGACCCUGUUGCAACAAGUGGAAGAAGAGGCCGAGGUCUCUAAGCUCUCUUUCGAAAACCGGCCUUUUCGACAUCUUCAAAGCCUUAUUGGGAACUCGCCGACCGGACUUCUUGCCCCAACUCCGGCGAACACGCCGCAGGUGUAUGAUCUGUUAGCUGAUGGAAGUGGGAGUAACAUUGAGAGACCCUCUCCUAUGGUCCAAGAACAAUUGAUCUCUCAGGUGGUAUGUGACAUCUUUGAAGGGAAGAAUCAAGCGAGCCUUGAAUCGCAGAAGAGUAUCCUGAGUCGAUCUUUGCUGCUUGAUUUCUCUGAGAAAUCUGAAAUCUCUUUCUCAGAAGAAGAAGAUUGCUCCUCUGUGAUUACAAGUGAGAGCAAAGAAAGGUCAUCUCCAGAUGAUGAUAGUGCUUCAUUGUGGUCCAUUCAGGUCAAUGCGAGCACACGUGAUGAAGAAGAGGAUGAAGAAGAAGAAGAAGAAGAAGAAGAGUAUAAUCUGAAGGGAGUUGAUGAAACCGAGGAAGAGGAAGAGUAUAAUCUGAAGGGAGUUGAUGAAACCGAGGAAGAGGAAGAGAAUGAAGAGGAUGCAGGAUAUGAUGUUGAUGAGCUCUGUGAAGGUAUAAGCAAGAUUUUUGUGGAUGAGAAGAGAAUGAUUCCCAAGUUUGAAGGAAAGCGCACAAAGUUUGUGUACAACAGUGAUGAUGAAAUUGUUGAAGAAGUUGUAGAAGACAAUACUCCACGCACUCCAGAUUCAGCUGAUGUUGUGUCACCAAGUGUCUUGUGCUUGAAGGGAUUGCCUACACCAAAAGGAAAGCACCUGCGAUUUCUGGAUGAAGACGACUAUGAAUAUAGUUCCUAAUCGAAUAACGUUUGGGUUGUCUUUCUUGAUAACCACAUAUGUCUAGGAAAACUUUUGAUUCGUUUGUUUUGGACAAGAAAUUAUCAGUGUUCUGAAGAACACUAUGAAUUUACUUUUGAAUGAAAUAACUCUUUGCUACUUUCAAGUAAAUUGGUA